AUGGACGAGACACCGGGGCCGCAGCCCUCCAACCAUGCCGCCGCCUUGGCUGCUGCCUCGACCGCACACUUCCUCUCCAGCCAUUUCGCCUCGGUCGAUACCAUCUCCAGAUCCAACUCUCCCGGGCCGCCGUACACAAAGAAUGACGAGGACGACAAGAAGCGAUACCGCCCGCGCACAUUUAGCUACUUCAAUCACCUGCCCUUCCCCGUCGAAGAGGAAUCACAGCGAGAUGCCGCUCUGGCUGGUAUUCUGAAGCAUCUAUACAUUGCCAUCAAGGCAGAAGACUUUAGCCCCGGCGCUUUGCACUGGACGAGGGAGCUCACAGGAUGGCUGAAUCUCAAGUUCGAGAUGACGCGAGAGCUUCGCUCCACCUUGGCCAAGCUCUACUACCACCUAUGUCUGGCCCCCGGACUGGAGCCCAGUACUGCCGACCGCUUCCUGCGCAUGGUCGUCAUCUUGACUAGAAAGUACCACUACCUCAAACCCGUCGACGACCUUCUGCUCGAUUGGCGCCCAUUAUGGCGCGAGAUCAAGGCUUUAGUGCUGCCAUCAGAGGUCGCUUCACACCAGACGAACCGCCGCCGCUCCCAGAAGCAACUGUGGAAGCUGUGCCUUCAUGCACAGACAUACUUCGAUCCCAAGGACCGCAAGGAGAUGCUCGACGAAUUCUUACCCUACUUCAGCACCUCGGAUGUCUCGAAUGCUUAUAUUGUUGUCGGAACUAUCAACGCUCUGCUUCCCACCGAUGCCGCCCCCGAAAAUGUGCCGUGCUCUCAGCCGCAAGAGUUCAUGCCAACGCUCUUCCAUCUCUGGUCUCUGAUUGCGAGAUCCAAGAGCUUCGACGUCUUUUUUAUUGACCUCUACUCCCGCAUGGCAAGGGACUUCUUGCAGGCGUCCAAUACGUCUUUUGAUGCCCACGGCAUCUUCACCAGGGAACAGUCAGAUUGGAUUUUCACUGCAAUUCUCCGCUUGACAGAGAUUCCGGUCGGCCAGUCUAAUUCACCAUACUCUACGCUAGACUACUCGUCUGGCUUGGGCUUAUAUCUCGAGAAGGACAAGAAAAAAUACCCUACGGCUUACAUGAUUGCCAGGUGGAUUGUGUACUCCUUGUCGCCCAAGUGCUUGGAGCAAGAGAGCUCCAUUUUGGCGAGCCUUGAGGGCCUUCUUGAAGCCAUUGACACGUUCUAUCACCCUUCCAACGUGGGAUCAUGGACCACCUUUUUGGGACAGUUCACCGUAUACCUUACAGAUAUUUUUGUAUCCCGAUGGAAUCGCGAAAAGAGCGGCGAGCUUGAUACGCCAGAGGAUCGCAAGAUCACUCCCGCCUUGAAGCAACGCUUCGUGGCUGCGCUCAAAGAGGUCACAUACAUGGGGCUAUUCUCCAAGAGUAACAGGGUUGCGCAUUACUACUACGCAUCCCUUCAAGGACUGGCGUACCUCGAACCAAAUCUCAUUUUGCCUGGGGCUUUGCAGCGAUUUUACCCAAGUUUGCAGGGUCUGGUGGAAGUACACCGGACAACGUCAAGUUUGAACGGUCUGCAGAUGAUUGCCAACGUCAUGUCCAAGACCAAGGGCUUCCGUUGCCACAUCACUGCUCUCUUGGCUCUUGCCCUUCCUGGCAUCGACGCCAACGACUUGGGGAAGACGCAGUACACGCUCAACUUCUUCCAGAGUGUCGCCUACAGUAUUCCCAUGGUGCCUCUCGUCAACGAUGGCGAUUAUGUCCAUGACACCAGCUUGGCCAUGCAGUGGGUGCAAGGUGAAAUGGAACGCAUGGAGCGUGAGGGCCAGGAUAUCAAACUGGACUACGAAACUGAGCUUACCGACGAAGACGAAGCCAACGUCCUCAGAUCAUCAACAGCCGGACUCGGCGAGUUCGUCAUCGCCCUCCUGGGCAAGGUCUUUACGCUCUUGGAGAACCUGCCGGAUGCUUCCCACAUCAGGGGAGGGACACCGGAGGACAACGUGAUCAAUGCGUUGCCGGCAGCCCUCUCGCCUCUCUUCGCAUCGCUGUCUCCUGAGCUCUUCGAUACAGCCCUCGAGAAGCUCGCUUCCUUCGUGUCGAGUCAUGUCGUGCACCAGGCGAGAGACGCGAUGGCUUGGAUCCUCAAUGCUCUCUGCAAGGUGAACCCGGAAAAGACUCUCAAGGUCUUCAUUCCCAUGCUCAUUGUCAACAUUCGAAAUGAAAUUGACUUCAAUCACGCUGCGUCAGACCGAAGCAGCGGUACGGACUAUUUGCCCAGAGACCGUGCUCUUGUUUGGCACGUGAGCAUGCUAGGCAUGGCCGUUGUGCAUGUUGGUAAUGAGGUUCUGAAAUACCAGACGGAGCUCCAUGACAUCGCCAAGUACAUGCAAGAGAAGUGCCGUGGUCUCCCCACCAUUCACAUCUCCAACUACAUUCACCACCUGCUGCUGAACCUGACACACACCUAUCCCAUCGAUACCGCAUUGUACGAGCCUGAUAUCAUCAAGCGCGGACUCGAUGUGAAUGAUUGGGGAAAGACAACCUCUCCCGCUGAUCUAACAAUCAAGUGGCACCGACCUUCUGCUGGGGAGGUGCAGUUUGCUCUGGAGCUGUUUGAUUCUCAGACCAAAGCAGCCACGAAGAAGCUGGAUCUCCUGAUGAGCGAACAUCCUCCAGUCAGCCGAAAGGGAAAGAACAAGGAGUGGUCUGAUGAGGUCUCCAGAUUAUUCCAACAGAUCAGGCUGGUGAUCUCUGGAGUGGCAACGUUGUUCGACGCGCACCGCGCUUCGGGCCAGAGCCCGAAUGGUCACUCUGGCGUGGAUGGUGAAGGCGAUACGGAAAUGAACGACGACGAUCCUCUCGCCGAGGCGGCCGAGGACGAGGAGACGCGGCCUCAAUACCGCUACGACGCUGGAUAUCUCCUGACUGUCGAAGAUCCUGCCUACCACAAGCUUCAUGAGCUGAGAGAAGACGUGGGACAACUGUUGUGCCGGAGCCACGAGUUCCUCAACCAAAACCAAGAAGACGAUGUUUCCUGCUUCACGACGCUGUAUGCAGCCUACCGGACCUGGAUCACGGACGUUGGUAUCGAGCGGUCGGCCCAUCCGCUGGAACGUCACCUUCGCCUUUACAAGUCGGACAUCUCUGCGUUCAAGAUCAGUGGUCUUCGCAAAGUGUACCCCCGCCCGCUGCUGAUCAAGCGAGCAGAUGCUUACCAACUUCUCCGUGUCAAGCACAAUGCAUCAGCGCGACAAAAGAGCGACCUGGAUAAACAACUCUUGCUGAACCUAGCUCAGUCGUCUGUUUCCCCUUACGCUGAUGUCAGGCGUGUCGCACAGAGCGCGCUUGAUUCAUCGCUCAAGGCCCUCAUCGGUGGUCGGCCCCUGGUGAUCCCAAUUCUACUAGAGAGACUUCGGGUGGCCCUGGACGAAGUUGAUCACGAUCGCAUCAAAGGUGCCAUGUAUACGCUGUUCUUCACUAGUUUGCUGAGGACCAUGGUCAAGGACUGGAGAUUUGCUCCGGAUGCCCUUAAACUUUACCUUCGUGCUGGGACUAUCGACAAGCCUAGUAUCCAACAGCUUAACGCUACGGCACUCUUCCCUCUGCUCGAUUUUGGCAAGCCUUUCGAGCGGAUGAUCAUUGUCAAUGAAGACUACGUCGAGAAGAUUCGUCCCUCCGAUGACUGCUCUAAAGCCAUUGACAGUCGCCACAACUUCAUUGUUCAACGGCGAGAGCGUGUUGAGAAGAAGAAGCUUGCGUUGGGUUUGGAAUUGACCGAAAUGGCCAGGGCAGCCCACUGGAAGAUCGCGUCUCGAUGCGCAAUCUUUGCUAGCAACAUGUGCUUGCGCUUCGACACGGUCGCACCUCCCGAAUUCAUCGCUUUGGUGACUGAGGGCAUCAACGACACCCACCCUGGCCUGCGCUCCAGCUACAUGGCCGCAUUUACCAGCGUUUUCGAGGCUGUAGAGAUGCGCGCUGCCUACGACCACACCUAUCGCAACUAUUUACUUGAGAAGGAAAAGGAUCGCAAUAAGAUUACGAUCGAGGUUCCCAAAGGCGACGCAGCCUUCACACAGAAAUACCUUGAUGCAUUCGCCGGCGGCCCCGAGAACGCGGAGUACAUGGUCGACUCGGAUCAUCCCGGAUGGCUUGUAUGGGGCAAGAAGUUCCUCGCAUCACGCGCGAAGCCCAUACCCUUCACCGAUUAUGAUGAGACUGAGACGGCUGUCCGGAAACAAAUCGGCAACCUGAUUACGAAGGAGUGGUUAAAGACUUGUUUCGAUUACCUCAAGCAGGAACCUCGCGAUGCAAACGCUGAUAGAUUCCGCAUGGGCAACGUGUACAUGCUGAUGCAUGUGUUCGAUCUCAUGCAUUACGGAGGGACGGCAAUCAAGCUAGACGACGUGAAAGAGCUCACUACCGACGUCUACGGCGAUGGCAGCGACAAGCAUCAACACCGCGCCACGGCAGAGGUCAUUGCCGCGCUUUUGUGCGGAUCGAGCGAUGAUCCGCCCGAAUUCCGCGACCAAGUCUGGGGAUUUGCCGCGCCGUUGAUGCUGAAGGUCCUUAACGAGGAUCUUACGCCCGAGAAUCUUCAGUACUGGGUCUCAUGCUUGCAUCUGACAGUCGAUCCGAAGGACCCGCGUAGAUCGCAUGAGCUUGUUGACGCACUGAGUUCUUUCCGGCUGGACAUGUCUUCGAAUGCCGCCUUCAAGGAGUCGAGCAAGGUCCAGGUGUUGGAAUUCAUCAUCACGGACUCGGGCUGGCAUUUCCGUCACGAGAAGCCAAUUCUCGCAGACUUCCUCGCACACAUUGAUCACCCCUAUAAGACAGUGAGAGAAGCAAUGGGCCGCGUGAUCGCCACCAUCUAUCGAACCCGUUAUCACGAGUCUUUCGAGAAUGUCGACAAGUUGCUGGAAGCCAACAAGUCGGCCUCGUCUCUCGGUCUUCGCCCGUAUGAGGCAAGCAAGGAGUUUUCCGAGACCGUGCUCGAGAUCUUCGACCGUCUCGAGAAGUGGCGACAUGAGCGUACCCCCGGUCAACAGACGCCUUCGUCCUAUACCAGUGGCUCAAAGACAGUCUUGACCUGGCUUGACAGUACCUUGUCAUCGCAGGAAUGCACACAGCUGAUGCCAUUCUUCCCCGAACCUUUCAUGGAGCAGCUCCUACACAUGAUGGACGUCAAGGAGGAUCCCGAGCUUAUGAGGCUCGCCUACCACGUUUACCGUCAUCUGCCCAACAUUCCCUUCAGGCUUGGGGAAGAUGGGGCUUUCAUUGAUGCACUGGUCCGCAUCGGCAAGUCUGCUACGAGCUGGCACCAGCGACUGCGAUCCAUGGUCAACAUGCAAGUGAUUUACUUCCGCCGCCUGUUCCUCAUCGAGAAGAAGCAACGGGACAUCUUGUUCAACGCCGUCAGCGAUAUGCUCGCCGACCCCCAACUCGAAGUCCGGUCUUGCGCAUCGGCCACUUUGGCCGGCAUGAUUCGAUGUUCGCCGAAGCGCAUUCGCGACCCCACCAUUAGACUACUCAAGAAACGGUUCGAAAACGAACUGCGUCUGAACCCGAUGCCCAAGAGGAAGCUGCCGGGCACUGAAACGCCCGUAGACAACAACAAGCAGAUUGUGCGUCGUCACGCGGCUGUCCUGGGUCUCGGAGCACUCAUCGAGGCCUUCCCCUACGCGACGCCGCCCCCGUCGUGGAUGCCCGAGGUGCUUCAGAUCCUUGCUACACGUGCUGCAAGCGACCCCGGUGUGGUUGGCAAGGCUACCAAGUCUAUCCUAUCCGACUUCAAGAAGACAAGACAAGAUAGUUGGAGUGUGGAUCAAAAGUACUUCACAUCAGAGCAGCUUGAGGAUUUGGAAGGCGUGCUUUGGAAGAGUUAUUUCGCAUAA